GGAGGAGGGAGGAGAGCCAGACGGGCACAGGGCUCAGGUUACCACCGCCGCAUCGGUGCUUUCUGUCGCUCCCUGUCCACGAGGAGACACGGAUUACCGUGGACCGCCCUGCUCUACCUCGUGGGAAAUGGAGAAGAGUUAAGCAACUGCAGCCUGCGCCUGCCGGUGGCGGUCAUAGCCCACUCUCUGCAGCUCCCGUGCAACAUGGCUCACCAAGCCGGAGGAUGCACUGCAGAAACGUGAGCAAAGGAGGUGCAGGCUCUUUCCGACUUGCAGCUGCCUCCAAGGGCAGGUAGGACCAUGCGCGGGUGAGCCUGCUCACGUGUGUAUGCCCGCUUGAACCUACGUUAUUGAUUUUGGAAACUCGCCCACCGCUGCCCUCCUGUAAGGAGGGUCACCAGCACUGGCAUGUAGGGCUCUUUAUGACAAGGAAUAAAAAGACUGCAGGUGCGAGCCCACUUCGCCUGAAGUCUCUGGCAAGGCUUGUUUUGAGGAAACAAGACCUGGAUCAAAGUGCAGACCUCCCUGUUGGGGGAAGUCGCUCACCACGAAGGCAUCCCAGCCGAGUGGCAUUUGGCCCUAGCGCAGCUUGGAGUUUCUCUGGAGGCUCAGGACUGCACCUACCAUCCCGUAGUAAAACAGCAGACCUGACCUCAAAGAGGUGACUUAUGGCCCCUCCAGCAAAAAGGCCAGGAGCAGUGUUUGGGUCGGUGCAGGAGCCCUGCUGGGAGUGAAGAAGGUGAAGAUGGGAGGAACUUAGAGGUCUGGUUUGGUCUGGCAAUCAGCCAGGGCUUGCUGGCUCCGGGACCAGCUGCGUUUCAAAUGAAUGGAGAAAUAAGAUGGAUUUCAAGAAAUUCAAUGUGUUCGUUUGUCUCAUGGGGCUCAGCUGUGCUAGCUUAUGGUUUUUGUACAUCAGUUUGACUGAAUUCUGUAUAUUCUGUGAAAAGAGCCAAAAUCAAAUAUUCCCCUCACAGACUUUUAGGAGAAGCGGUGAAAACUUCUCGCUGCUCCCAGAUACAGACUGCCAUGAGAAUCCCCCUUUCCUUGUCUUGCUUGUGACAUCCUCGGGCCCCCACGUCGACGCCAGGAUGGCCAUCCGGCAAACCUGGGGCAAGGAGAGAAUAGUCGCUGGCAAACGUAUUGUAACAUAUUUCCUCCUGGGAACCACUGUGAAUCACAGCAAGCAGGCUGAUAUUGUUGCUGAAAGCCAAAAAUACAAAGAUGUCAUUCAAAAGAAUUUUACAGACACGUAUUACAAUUUGACUUUGAAGACCAUGAUGGGAAUUGAAUGGAUUCACAAAUUUUGUUAUCAGUCCAGCUUUGUGAUGAAAACUGACACAGAUGUGUUUGUCAAUGUGUUUUACCUCACUGAGCUUCUUUUAAGAAAAAAGAGGAGCACUAGGUUCUUCACAGGCUUUUUAAAACCACACGAGUACCCUAUACGGAAAACAGGGAGUAAGUGGUAUGUGAGUAACGAAGAAUAUCCAGGAGGCACCUACCCGCCGUUUUGUUCAGGGACUGGCUAUGUUUUGUCCACUGAUGUUGCUAGUGAGAUCUAUAACAUCUCAGAGAGUGUCCCAUUUAUUAAACUGGAGGAUGUAUUCAUAGGACUGUGCCUUGCCAAAUUAAAAAUUCAGCUGGAGGAGCUUCAUUCAGAGCAGACGUUUUUUCCAGAACGGAUUCAGUUCUCUGUUUCUCGCUUCAAGAAAAUCGUCAUGUGCCAUGAAGUAAAGCCAUCUGAGCAACUGAGCUACUGGAAUGGCUUAGCGGCAUAAAAAAGCCAUGGAGUGCUCUAGCACCUUACUUGCUUGAAUUUACAAAUCGAAAUGCUCAGAAUUAACGGGGCUGCUCUUUACUUCAGCAAAACUCUCAACUCUAGACCCAUUAUGUUAAAGACUUUUUAAAUGAUUAUUUUAAUCUUCACUGCUGCCUAAGAACAUGCAAAUGUCUUUCUCACCCAUUCACUUCUGCCUCCUUGCAUCCCUUUCCACAUAACUUACAAACUUCUUUUUUCUGAAAGAUGCAGGCCCACAGAAUGGCCCUCAACAUGGACCAGCUCUCCAAAUCUUGCCAUUCCAGACUGAGAUUAUUUCUGCAGUGCCAAACUAAAAGUCAAGGUACUUUCACUCAGAGGAAAAAUUUGCACCCUCUUCUCUGUUCCCCUUGGCAGAUUACUGCGUUUGCACACAUCUGUGCAGGCAUUUAAGAAAAGGUGUUUGUAGUUGUCAGGCCUCUUCCUUGCUGUUGUAGAAAACUGUAGCCCUGCCCUUGCAGGAAGCUCUGGCUGGGCAGGAUCGUGUAGAGGUGUAGGUUCCUCCUCAAAUCUGCCAGGCUUGUUUGCACAGGCAGAAGAAUUUACCCGUGCAACACACUGGGGACGACCAUGGGUGACCUUCGGUAUCGCAGGCUGCCCUGUGAAUGGGUAAGGCUGCUGCAUUUGUUUCCCUAUGCACGUCUCCUGCUGCAAAUGACACUUGGUAGAGCCGGAUCCAAGCUUGGUGGAGAAUGUACUGAUUCUUUCUAUUGCCUUAGAUUACACCCCGGAGACAUUCGUCACAUUUGUGGCUCCCUUUGAAUGCUUGAAAGCUGCUGUAAAUGGUUUAUCAAAGCUAAACUAGAGUCGUUUACAAUGAGCUAGACAGUACAUUUGGUUUAGAUGUUUUCCUGUCAGGAACUGGGUGUACAUGGGGGAGAAGACAGGAGGAUUUUUUCUCCUGUAAUGAAGACUGGGAGCCUCAUUUCUUGUUUCAUUAGCUACCAAAGACUCAUGAAAUCAGUGCGAUGUUUGUGUGUUUGAGGGAUAGAGAACUGAGUCUUUACAGUAAAUACUGUGGAAAGUACAUCUGGUAUACGAGGAUGGAGGAGGAAGUUCAUACAAUCAUGGCUUAUGCAGUACUUACCAGUACUUUUUUAAAAAUGAUUUUUCUUUUGAUUUACUCUCCAGGCCAACAAAAGGUCAACUCUGGUAGCAAAUAAGUAUUGAAUGCCUAUACUAUGUAUGAAAUACUUAUUUAUGAAAAUGAAUUUGAAAUCUUAUAUAGAAUUUUAUUCGAUGGGUUGCCCUGACUCUAGUCAAACCCAGGAGAUGUGUACUACUGUCACACUUGUUGUCAGUCAAAUAUAUACUGUAUAUAUAUCGGAUGCAGUAAAAAGCAUGGAGGUAACAUAUGAAAAGUUAAAUAGCAGUGUGCUGCACAGGGACCUCUGUUUAACACUGUAGGUCUAUACACUAUUUAAGCCCACGUGUACUCUUGUUAGCCAUGCCUGCAGAGUGGUGCAGGCAUGCUGCACAAGCCGGGAGGGGCUGCAGUACGCACCUGGGUCUCCCGGCCCCAGGUGCUGGUCCCGGCCACCUCCCACCUCCCAGAGCCAGGAGGUGAGCAUGACCCACGGAUCCUGCUGGAGGAAGGAUAAUAUGAAUAAAGGUAGAUACCUGAGAUACUUAGAAUGGCUGAAAAAGUUCAGUAUGGUCAGUAUUUCCUGAGACUUUUCUGAGUGGGUCACAUGGAAAGAUCCAGCACAGAAAAGAGCAGAACGCGAUGUAGAUAUUGCAGUCUUUUGAGGUUUUCAAUGACUUAUUUUCUGAUAUAGGAGAAGGUAUUUUAUUACUUUGAGUUUAUUUCUUUUUUUUUUUAAUUGAACUUAGUAAGUACUGGCCAAGCAUCCCUUUUUACUUGCUUGUGUCUGAAAAGCAGGAUAAGAGUUUUCAGCAGGAAUAGGCCCAAUCCUAAGAAGCAUUUCAAAACAGUAAAAAUAUGCUGUAUAUUUCCUUCUGAUGUAGAGCAACCUGACCUCAUGCACUUAUUUUUGACAGCUGAUGAUGAAAUAAAUCAUUUUUGGCAGAAAAAUGUUCUGCUUUAUUUUAAGUAAGUUUCCCACUGAGGAAAUAGCUACACGUAUAGUGUUUGCAGGGUCAUGGCUUACCCAGGUGGUCAGGCGGGUGAGCGAAGGAGAUGUUUGCUCUUCCCCUAGUGUGUACCCUGUGCCAUGGAGUGGGGAGCCCUGCUGCAGGUUGAACAGCAUCUCGCUGCCUCCCACCCCAACUUGCAGGUGCACCUGCCCUUGGCCUCAAAGCCCUGCUGUAGCACAUCUACUUUUGCUGCUGCCUUCAGCAGGCACGAAUGGUCAGACUUACAAAGCCUAGCAACAGCAUUUUAAUCACUUUUCUUUCCAUGUAACCUGUGGAAGUGGUUUUUUUGCCGUUCAUUGUUGUUGUAGCCAAGGUACAAGCUGACAACUGCUUAAAUUUAUAGCAAAAUGCUGAGCAGUAAGGGAAUACUUUCUGGCCUCUGUAGGACAGCACAGAGUGGCCUGAUAUUCAUCCUGGCCUCUUCGUGUACUGAGAGAAAUACUCCCACGACCCCCUGUGGGUCACUCCUCCCUCUGCACACCAUAGCAGAUGCUGCACUUCCACCUCUGCGCCUGGUGGCAGCGUUACACCUGCCAGCAGCACCAGUUCAACAGUGCAGCUGCAGGGAGCCUGCAUCUUGGCAGAAUAAUUACUUAUUUACCUAUAGAUGUGGUAGCUUGCCCACCUCCAUCAGGCGUUGAGAUCCAAGAGGUCUGGUGGCACUUGGCUUUGGGGACGGUGCAGCUGCCGGUCUUCUGCCAGGCUGAGUGUGUUGCCAAAGGGUCAAGUCUCCUCCCCUUGAGGGGAGAGAUUUUUGUGUUGCUACCCCAAAGGAUGGCCACUCUUGAAUGGCAUUAAAAUAUGCCUUAGCUAAGCUGUUUGUGGCCUUCUGUCAUCGUACGAAAGUCACCUUUCAGGGCCAGGUUCUGCUAGCCUUCUUGACUGUGGGUUUUAUUUUGGUUCAGGAGUGUUCCUACCUACUUGAAAAUAGCUGCUAAUGGGGAAGAUGAUGCUAUUCUCUGUUAAUCACAUUUGCAGAAGCUGCCCUGAUGUUUCUGAGGCAGAAGUUCAUGCUAAAUUCAUAGCUACUCCGUCACUGGGAACAAGGUCCUCAGGAAUCUUGUAACGAACCAUCCCACUCUGGAUGUUUCCAGGGAGCGUACUUGUAAUUCUAGUGACCUGUCGAAGAUUCUCAUGCAUCUAUUUAUUAUCUCAUGCAAAGUAUGUCCUUCCUACUGAAUAUAUGUCGUUAAGUAUCUAGUGGCCUGCUAAUCUGAAGCACUUCGAUUAUCACUACUAAAUAUCCAAUAAGCAGCAAAUGAGUACAGAUUGAAACGUUAUAGAUUCGCACGUCUUGUGCCUGUCUUUUGGCUAGUUAGUUCCUCAAGCGAAUGGUUUAGACUGUUGUACGUUAUUUUCCUGGAGAGGUGAUUUUCUUUGUUCUUACAUAAAUUAGAAAUGGAUUUCUUAGUUCUCUCCAUCCAGUAGGCUGCCCUGAAAAAGAAUAUAGUAAAUGAGUAAUUAAUUACUUAAAAUAUAAGGUUAUCCUGCUGGAAAAGGUGAUAUAAAAAAAGUAGCUGAUUGCAUGUAAGGUCAACUCACUUAUUUAGACGAAGCCACUAUGCUAGUAAUUUUAAAUAUAUCAGCUAAUGACAUUAGCUUUUGCUGCUUAGGCCAUGGAUCAUGACUUCUAACACAAUCACAACUGUGCGUUAGUGGCCUUUUGCCAAAUUACAUAUAUUUUCCUACCAGUGGCGAUCAUAGAAAGGUUGGAACUAUAACUAUGACUGUAAACACAAUCCCGCAGUUUUGUGUGUGUACAUAUCUGUAUUUUUUAAAAAAAUUUGUAGGCUAAUGAAGUAAACCAGUCACAAUUUUUUGGCUGUUUACCUGUAGUAGUACUAUUUCCUAACAUUUGUAUGCUUCAUGGGUCAGAAGAUCAUUAAAUCAGGUUUUUCUAAACAGCUUUGGAAAGCUACUCUGAAAGUUACUCUCGUGCUUCUCAUUUAUCAGCAAGGAGAGUAAAAAUCAACAGACCUGAUUAAUGUGUAUUUCAGCAUACAAGGUCAGUUUUCAAAUACAGAAAAAUGAACACAUUUUUCACAAUCCUAACUCAUUGACUAACACAUUCUUAAUGUAGGUUAGGAUUUUCAACAAUCUCCAUGAAAGAUGUGUGAUCAAAUCCUGUCUGAUUCAAUACUACUGAACAAGUAUAACCCCUCCAGGCUCUUUUGAGAAUACAGAGUAGAUUUUUGUAAUCAAACACUUGCCUUAUGUAAAAGCUGAAUGGAACAAAAGGGCUAACUGUGCAUAAUGUAUCUGCCAGGAAUGCUGCUAUUCUUGAAUUUGUGCAGAAUACUAUCUAAUAUUAACAAAAAUGCGUGACAAUGUUUGCAUUGUUUGCAUAGAACAUGGGAAUGUUGAGCUAACUAUCAAAUGUAUGAUAUUUUAGUAAAAUAUUUUGUUAUCACA